CAGUACUGGGAAACAAGUGUUCCCUGCCCUCUUUCCCCUCUUAUAUCUAUCUACUAGGCCAAAUAGGGAGGGAACCCUCUCUCUCUCUCUCUCUCUCUCUCUCUCUCUCUCUCUCGGACCUUUCUUUCGCAACUCAUAAUCAAGAAAAAGCAGAUCCAAGGUGGUGCUGGUGGUUAAGCUGUCAAUCUAUCAAUCAAUCAAUCAAUCAAGCAGACCAAUCAUCAAUCAAUUUUUAAAAGAAAAGGAAAUCAAAAAUGUCCUCCUCUUCUACCUUGUCUUUGGACCACCUUCCUCCCUCCGAGCAGCUCUGUUAUGUCCAUUGCAACAUUUGCGACACUGUCCUCGCGGUGAGUGUCCCGUGCACCAGUUUGUUCAAGACUGUCACGGUAAGAUGUGGCCACUGCACCAACCUCCUACCAGUGAACAUGCGAGGGUUGCUUCUGCCUUCGGCUAAUCAGUUUCAUCUCGGUCACUCUUUCUUCUCUUCUUCCCAUAAUCUUCUGGAAGAGAUACCAAAUCCAACCCCAAACUUCUUGAUCAACCAAACCAAUGCGAGUGAAUUCACUAUGCCUGCACGGGGAGGAGUCGAUGAGCUCCCCCGGCCCCCAGUCAUAAAUAGACCUCCGGAGAAGAGACAGAGAGUUCCCUCCGCGUACAACCGCUUCAUCAAGGACGAGAUCCAACGCAUCAAGUCCGUAAAUCCCGAUAUAUCCCACAGAGAAGCCUUCAGCGCCGCUGCCAAGAAUUGGGCCCACUUCCCACACAUUCACUUUGGUCUCAUGCCUGACCAGACUGUGAAGAAGACAAACGUCCGCCAGCAGCUUUAAUUUGUAGGAAGGAGAGGACGUCCUGAUGAAAGAUGGGUAUUUCGCUUCAGCUAAUGUGGGUGUUUCUCCCUACUAAUUAAAGAAGUAAAGCUUCUGCAUAUAGUAGCUAGUGGUGGGAGACAAAUUUUCAAGUUAAUUCAGACAUGUGUGGUGUGGCAAACUCAAUAUUCGCUUUAACUUCUUCUUGAUCAUAACCCAUCUGCAAAUCAAGGCUUCUCUUAAUUAAUGUACGUUGAUACUUUCUCUAGAAUGUAAUUUUACAUCUUGGAAAACCUAAUGUUGGAAGACCUGAUCUUAUCCUUUUCGUA